UCUCUUCCCCUACAGAUUACAGAAGGCUUCUCUUGCGGCGGAUUUAUAUAUAUAUAUAUAGAGAGAGAGAGAGAGAGAGAGAGAGAGAUGGUCAAAAUCUUGUAUUGAGCUCUAUAGUGGUAUUCAAAGGGAUUCUCAGAAUUUACAAUGGCCAAGCGUGAGCUAUCCAACACUUUAAAGAACUUGAAGUUCAUGCAAAGGGCAGUUCAGAGAGAAGAGAAAAGUAAGAAGGAAGAAGAGGUCAUACCUGAUGGGAACUUCCCAUCUUCUGGUACCCUAAACAAAUGCAAAGUGAUUGUGGAAGGUGAUCCCCAUCCAGGGGCAAUAAAAGGUCGGAUGUCAUUUCAAAGUUUUAACCCUUCUAUUGAUAAAUUGAAUGAAGAAGCAAGAAACCUUUGUCAACCAGAAGCCUCUACCACAUGUUCUGGCAAUCAAAAUGGAAGAACGUCUGAUAGUCUCUCUUUUAAUUAUUACAGAGAAGACGAUGCCAACGGAGAACUGAAAAGGAAGCAAGCUGAAGUAGUUUCUGAAACACAGUAUCCAAAUAAAUCGCAGAAAAAUGUUCAAGUUGAUCAAGAAUCAUCGCCAAAUGAUAGUAGAAGUUCUCACAAGCAACCAAAGCGUGAAAAGCUGGAUUGGAGUGUUCUAAGACCUCCAAAAGGUCAAAAGAAAGGAGACUGAGUACUAUCAGGUGAUUACUUUUAGAGUCAUGUGAAUUUAAUUUCUAUAUGUUUUCAAGAUUCUAAGAAUAGCUGUAACUUGUAACCUUCUUGUAAGCACAUCAUUAUCAUUCAAUUAGUUUUCCGUAGUUAUGAUUCUUGAAUUAUUUUAUUUUAAGGGUUAAAUUGUUUUCCCAUUGUCUUAUUCACGAUCCUACCAAUCCUUGGAUGCUACUCUUUUCUGAGCUCCAUCUUUGCAAUCCCUCUGGUAGUCUGUUUAGUGUUUGAUGCUAGGUCACUAUAAUUUUGACAAUGCAAUUGUAGUUUUGUAAUUGAUGCAGAAGUAAUGCAGUGGUGUUAUUUUAUUACAUAUUGGUGAUCAAAACCAAUGAAUCAUUUGGUGUUGAAUCAAGCAUUGAAAAAGGAAACUAUUGGUAAUAGUAAAUAAUGUAUUGUUUCACAGCAUGGGUUUGUAGUGUUUCUUAAAACUAGAAAUACACUUUUAUUCUAUGUCAAACAUAUUUGAACAUAUGGGUGCUUGUGUGUGCUGACAUGCAUUCUAGUUGUUUGGUUGGUCUAAAAUUUUAGAUCCCCAAGCAGAAGAAGCUGGAUCCAUUUCAAAUGUUAUUUGUCACUAUCUGUUUCGAUUCUUUCAGACGACAGAGAUAACAUUCUUGUAAGUGAUAUGUCAAUCAUCAUAUAGCAAGCGACAAGUUGCUUUAAUUUUAUAUAUUUGUUAUAUGUCAAAUAUAUGAAUAUAUUAUUCGAAGAGAAUAAAAAAAAUAUACAACAUAACACGAAUUCUUAGAUCUACAUUGUUUUUUUUUUCUUCUUAUUUUUAAUUUUUAAUUUUUUUUUUGUUUUUAUUUUUGUCUCCUAGGUUAUUUUUUCCAAACUUACAAUUAGUUUUUAUGUGUAUAUGCAAUCGAUUUGUGUCACACAAGUUGUAGAAGGGUGUCUGGUUCUAAAACAAUUUAAAAAAUAAUAUGAUACGUUUGGAAGAGUGUCUGACAUGUGUUGAGAAUUGUCCAACACCUUUGUUUCAGCAAAAUGUAAGCACCUCCAAUUAAUACUACAAAAAUAUUAAAAUGCAUAAGUUAAAUCAACAUAAAAAUAUCUGCAUUUAGCCGCUAGGCAUACCCAUUUGAUCCAAUGUUUGGAUUUUUCUCACACUGGUUUCCAACAGGAAAGAGCAUAGAUUGCUCGGCCCUUCAAUCCCUGUAGCAAAUCAGUGGCUGUCCUCGUACACCACAAAAUCUUCGUGGUUACCCAACUGUAACUUUGUCUUCACUUUCUUCAUUAUCUCCUGGUCUAAUGGAAGCUGUCUGAGCCCCUCUUUGAGGUUCCUGAUUUGCCACUUCUCGUAUGUAUCUGGCCUUUGGGGUUCCAACUCUCUUGAUAUUCACGGGGUACAUUCGUGUCGAACAUAUUGAACAAUGUUGAGAAAUGGAAGAGUGCUUUCCAGAAUCGUGUGUUGAAGAACGGAGAAUUGUAAGCUCCAUUAGCAAUACCAUAGUUGAAAUAUCAAGAUUAAUUGCAUUGAUCAAGUUCAGAACAGCAUCUACUGGCCUGCUUGCGACUAGUGUCAUCAAAUAUGUUUCUUUAGCUGGUAUGAAGCAUCCACAACAAGCACUUCAUCUUUGUCCAUCUUUAGAUCAGCAGUGCCAAAGGAUAAAUCAGAAUGCAAAGGGGACUCAGAUGGGUGGGCAAGAAGCGGAGUUUGUGUAAGAGUAUUCAUAAUUGUCUUGAUCUCAUAGAGAGACUUGAUUGGAUGAAUGGGAAUGACUUCCAUUGAGGACAUGAUAGAAUGAUAUUUCAGCAGCUCGGACAGGCAAACAGUGGCGGAACAUGCAGUUUUUAACUUAUACAUCCUUUUCCAUAACCAUUUGGUUUCUGUGUUUCAGGACACCGUCGCCUUUCUCUGAAGGAUGACGGUUGAAGCUAAUGCAAGAGGGUCUGGAGCAGCUGAAAGGUAAGGAGGAUCCAUAAACUUGUGAGAUAGAAAAUCAUUGAAUGAGUUUGAAUUCUUCUAGUAGACAUACAGAGCAAAAUUAGCUAGUCUUGAUUUUUUUAGUUAUGUUGUGACAGCUAGAAUUCCUUGAGAUGGAUAUCUGCAAAUGCUAGUUAUUAGUAAUUCUUCAAAAUACAAACAUGUUUGAAAAACCGAGCUUACUGUUAAUGUAAUGAUAAUUCUCUAUAAAUAAAGUUAAAAGGCAUGUAUACAUGCUUGUGUUUGCAUAUA